AUGGAUUCUCUUACGACCCAUCCUUCUACCGCGCAGCAGGCCCGGGCCUUCACUUCCCCCGCCUCUCUGUCCUUCCCCGGUGGUGCCGGCGAUUUGACUCCGCCUUCCGAUAAAGACGGAAACAUGGCGAUGGCUCAGGGUGCGAAUGGGAUGAUGAACGGUCAGCAGCAGGGAGGAAAUGCCGCUAAUGGCAACGGGGUGGCGCCCGCAACUCCAGCUGCGACCCCCGGUGCCAACACUCCGGGAAGUGGCAUUGUGCCUACGUUGCAAAACAUUGUCGCGACGGUCAACCUUGACUGUCGUCUGGAUUUGAAAACGAUCGCUCUCCACGCAAGAAAUGCGGAGUACAACCCUAAGCGUUUCGCGGCCGUGAUCAUGCGUAUCCGAGAGCCGAAGACGACCGCUUUGAUCUUCGCCUCCGGCAAGAUGGUGGUUACUGGUGCCAAGUCGGAGGAUGACUCCAAGCUGGCUUCCAGAAAAUACGCACGUAUCAUUCAGAAGCUUGGUUUCAAUGCCAAGUUCACGGAUUUCAAGAUCCAGAACAUCGUGGGUUCUUGCGAUAUCAAGUUCCCCAUCCGCCUGGAGGGUUUGGCCAGUCGCCAUCACAACUUCAGUUCCUACGAACCUGAGUUGUUCCCCGGUCUUAUCUACCGCAUGAUGAAGCCUAAGAUCGUGCUGCUUAUCUUCGUCAGUGGAAAGAUCGUCCUCACUGGUGCUAAGGUCCGUGAGGAGAUCUACCAGGCGUUCGAACUGAUCUAUCCUGUGCUUUCGGGUAUGCAUUGCUCUCCUCACUUCGGAUUUGAAGUGGACAUCGUGCUAACCAGCUGUAAAGAUUUCCGUAAAGUCUAA